GAAAAAACUAGAAAAUUGUUCUGGGUUCUGUGAUUUCCGAAACCUCCUUGAUCAAAUCUAUGACAAAUCUAUGAUCCUUUCACAACGUGGUUUGUGCGAAUUUGCUUGUGAAAUUUUUAAUCUUCCAAAAGAGAAGUAUUAAGCAGCUCCAAGAUGCAGUUGUGCUUCCGUGGUCAAUCCACUCAUUAUAUUGAGUGUGAGGGAACAGAAACCGUUUCUCAAAUCAAGAAUAAAAUUGCUGCUUUGGAGAACCUGAAUGCUGCCGAAAUUUCUCUGUUUGCUAGUGGUAAACCAGUUUCUGAUGAAGAUACUCUUGAUUUGUUUGCCAACACAGAUAUAGAAAUAUCUGUUGGUCUCUUGGGAGGUAAAGUCCAUGGAUCCUUGGCCCGUGCAGGUAAAGUAAAAGGACAAACUCCCAAAGUUGAGAAGCAGGAGAAAAAGAAGAAGAAGACUGGAAGAUGCAAGCGAAGGAUUCAGUACAAUCGACGAUUCGUUAAUGUUGUGGCCACAUUUGGUCGUCGUAGAGGACCAAAUUCAAAUGCUGCUUAAUAUAAUUUGUAAAGAUUAAUAAAAAGUGAUAUAAGUUUCGA